AUGGCCUCGGUGAAGGUGGCGGUCAGAGUCCGGCCUGUGGACCGCAGGGAAAAGGAUCUGGGCGCUAAAUUUAUUAUCUCCAUGGAAAAAAAUAAAACGUCCAUUACAAAUAUGAAGAUACCAGAAGGAGGAACUGGAGAUAUGGGAAGAGAACGGAUUAAAACAUUUACCUAUGAUUUCUCCUACUUCUCAGCGGAUGCUAAAAGUCCAACCUAUGCAUCUCAGGAAAUGGUUUUCAAGGAUCUUGGUAUGGAUGUCCUCAAAUCUGCUUUUGAAGGCUAUAACGCUUGUAUUUUUGCAUACGGACAGACCGGAUCCGGGAAAUCGUACACUAUGAUGGGAAAUGCUGGGGAUGCGGGUUUAAUACCUCGUAUUUGCGAAGGACUGUUCAACCGCAUCAAUGAGAAAACGAGAUGGAACGAAGCCUCUUUCCGUACAGAGGUCAGCUACUUGGAAAUUUACAACGAACGUGUCAGAGACCUGUUAAGGCGCAAAUCUUCAAAAACAAAUAACUUAAGGAUUCGUGAGCAUCCGAAAGAAGGCCCCUACGUCGAAGACUUGUCUAAACACUUAGUCCAAAAUUACUGUGAUGUAGAAGAACUCAUGGAAGCAGGAAACAUAAACCGGACGACGGCCGCAACAGGAAUGAAUGACGUCAGCAGUCGAUCCCACGCUAUUUUCACCAUCAACUUCACUCAGGCAAAGUUCGACGCCGAAAUGCCAUGCGAGACUGUGAGCAAAAUCCAUUUGGUCGACCUUGCCGGGAGCGAGAGAGCGGAUGCCACCGGCGCGACGGGCGUUAGAUUAAAAGAAGGAGGAAACAUUAACAAAUCUCUAGUGACGCUGGGGAAUGUAAUUUCUGCCUUAGCUGAUUUAUCUCAGGAUGCCGCAAACUCUCUUGCAAAGAAGAAGCAAGUCUUUGUGCCUUACAGGGAUUCUGUUUUGACGUGGCUUUUGAAAGACAGCCUGGGAGGAAACUCGAAAACAAUAAUGAUUGCCACUAUUUCGCCCGCCGACGUCAAUUACGGGGAGACCCUGAGCACCCUUCGCUAUGCAAACCGGGCCAAAAACAUCAUCAACAAGCCGACAGUCAACGAAGAUCCCAACGUCAAGCUGAUCCGCGAGCUUCGAGCUGAAAUCGCCCGGCUGAAAGCGCUCCUUGCUCAGGGGAACCAGAUUGCGCUUCUGGAUUCUCCGACCGCUUUAAGUAUGGAAGAGAAACUUCAGCAAAACGAAGCAAGGGUGCAAGAGCUUACCAAAGAAUGGACCAAUAAGUGGAAUGAAACCCAAAAUAUUCUAAAAGAGCAAACCUUGGCUCUAAGGAAAGAAGGAAUCGGCGUUGUGUUAGAUUCUGAGCUGCCUCAUCUCAUAGGCAUCGAUGACGAUCUUCUGAGCACGGGGAUCAUCUUGUAUCACUUGAAGGAGGGUCGAACGCAUGUCGGCAGAGAAGAUGCCGCAGCAGAGCAGGAUAUUGUCCUUCACGGCCUCGACUUGGAAAGCGAGCACUGCAUUUUUGAACAUUUUGACGGAGCGGUUAAUUUAAUACCACUCAGAGGAGCGCAGUGUUCUGUGAAUGGGGUUCAAAUAACAGAGGCAACGCAACUCAACCAAGGUGCCGUCAUAUUGCUUGGGAGAACAAAUAUGUUCCGUUUCAACCAUCCCAAGGAAGCGGCUAAACUGAGGGAAAAAAGAAAGAGCGGGCUGCUUUCUUCCUUCAGUUUAUCCAUGUCGGACCUUUCAAAAUCCUGCGAGAACCUCUCUGCGGUCAUGUUGUAUAAUCCUGGAUUAGAGUUCGAGAGGCAGCAACGAGAAGAACUGGAAAAAUUAGAAAGCAAAAGAAAGCUGAUAGAAGAAAUGGAGGAAAAGCAAAAGUCAGACAAAGCCGAACUAGAAAGGAUGCAGCAAGAAGUGGAGUCGCAGCGCAAGGAAACGGAAAUCGUCCAGCUGGAGAUCCGGAAGCAAGAGGAGAAUCUCAAGAGGAGAAGCUUCCACAUCGAAAGCAGGAUGAAGGACUUGCUUGCCGAAAAGGAGAAGUUCGAAGAAGAGAGAUUACGCGAACAGCAAGAAAUCGAACUUCAGAAGCAGCAGCAGCAAGAAGAAGUUUUCGUUCGAGUGAAAGAAGAGCUGCAGCGGCUGCAAGAGCUCGGGCAGAAUGAAAAGGCGGAGAAGAUGCAGAUCUUCCGAGAACUGGAAAAGCUCAAAAAGGAAAAAGAGGAGCAGUAUCUCAAGCUGGAAAUGGAAAAAAAGAGGCUUGAAGAGCAGGAACGAGAACAGGUCAUGCUGGUGGCCCACCUGGAAGAGCAGCUCAGAGACAAGCAGGUCAUGAUUCAGGUCCUUAAAAGAGGAGACAUGCAGAGGGUUGAAGAAGAGAAGAAAGACCUCGAAGACAUCCGAGAGUCCCUCUUGCGAGUCAAAGAAGCCGGACCAGAAGGGGACGAAGACUGCGAAGAGUUAGAAAAAGCCCAGCAGAAGUUUAUGGACUUCAAGAGGAAGCAGUUGGAGCAGCUCAUUUGUUCGGAGAGAGAGUUGGUUCAACAGAAGGAUCACCUAGAAAAAGAGGUGGCCGACGAACACGAACAUUUUGGCAUUUUGAAGCACGUCCAACCCGUAAACCUCGAGAGACACGACGAUAAGGCCACCAUUGCUGCCUUAGGUGUCGAAGAAAGUAGCAAAAUAAAAUCCGAACAUUGGCUGCAGCAGAGAGAACAGCAGCUUCAGCAUUUGACGAAUCAUCAUUUGCCAGCUUUGUUGGAGGAAAAGCAAAGAGCCUUGGAGGUACUGGACCGAGGCCCGCAAAGUUUGGACAAUACCCUCUAUGAAGUCGAGAAAGAAAUGGAAGAGAAAGAAGAGCAGCUUGCGCAGUACAAGGCCAACACCUGCCAGCUCCAACAGCUUCAGGAGACAUUCGAAUUCACUGCCAACGUCGCUCGGCAAGAAGAGAAAGUUCGGAAAAAGGAGAAAGAAAUCCUCGAGUCAAGGCAGAAACAGCAGCGAGAGGCCCUGGAGCAAGCUGUGGCGAAGCUGGAGAGGCGACACUCGGCACUGCAGCAGAGUUCCACCCUCGAUAUAGAAAUCGAAGAGCAAAAACAGAAGCUGGCGAUUUUGAACAGCAGCUGCAGUGAGCAGGCUGGCCUCCAAGCGACCAUCGAGGCAGAACAAAAAGCCUUAGAGCAAGACAGAGAAAGGUUGGACUUGGAGAUACAGCAGCUGAAGCAGAAGAUCUGCGAAGGUGACGGAGUUGAAAAGGGGCAUCUCGGAGGCGGAGAAGAGAAACCGUCUCAUAGCAGUUCACCUCCUAAUGCUACAAAAACGCCAUCCCAUUUUAUUCCGUUGGUCGACGAUAGAAUACAUGCCUUUAUUGAAGAAGAAGUUCAGAGGCGUCUUCAAAAUGUUCACUAUACUUCUGCAGAUAACAAUAACAGCCUGUUCCAGUCUAUGGAAUGUUUAAUGGAUAACGAGAAGUUUCAGAAUGGUACCGUUCAACGCAAGCUGAAGUAUGAGAAAAGGCAGCGUGGGUUGCCCCUUUAUGGCUUUCGUGCUCUGUCUAACGAGGACAGCCAACGCUGUAACCUGAUUGGCGAAGAUACAAGAACGGCAGGCCUCAAUGAGCAGGACAAAAGCCCGGACACAUUUAAUCCUAAUUGGGGAAGAAUCCUGCUGUUCUGCAUGACUCAAGGAGAUUCAAAUAAAAAGAGGCAAUUAGGACAGGAAUACGUCGACUGGCUGUGCGGUAAUGAAUGUGACUCGAAUCUACCCAGAAUCAUUAACAGGAAGAGAAGUUGUUCGAAGCAUUUCACAGAUUCUCCUCAGACUCAGGACAGAGGUGGAAUGAUUCACUCGUCAGAGAAGCAGCUCAUAGUCUGCCGUUCUGGAAGCCUGCAAGUUUCUUCUUGGGAAAGCAAAAGCUCAGUAAUGGAAUCCGGUUCCUUCCACGUCCACUGUACACCUGCCUCAGGAUCAUCCGCCUCUGCGAAACAUCAGGCUGGGUUUUGUUUGUUAUUUCCUCACGGAGAACAGAGCAACCAAAUUGCCCGUGUCUGUGGGCAGUUAUCCAGUCAGGAUGAAAGUGUUGCGGGUGCCCCCCGAAGUCACUCUCCAGUGUCCGAUGUGCAAAUGCAGCCAAAUUACGGCCUGGGCCAUCUAUACAGCAAAUUUGCCCGUGUUUACAGAGAUACCAGCUAUCACAUCAAAAGCGGUUGGUUCUUCAAGCUCCUGCAAGAUCUCGUUGGCCGCUGUGACAAAAAUGAGACGUGUACUCGAGCAGUGUCGUUGAUUAAAAGCGUCCCAUUUGUGAGGGAAAUGCAGCUGAAUAUGCUUGUGGGCAAAAGGGGCAGUAGCUCUCGUUUGACAGACGAGAUCACGACCGUUGGGUCAAACAAUAGCACAACAUGUCUUGUGCAGCAUGAAGAUGGUGUGGAAUUCGCGUAUUCAAAAGUCGCCGUCAGUGCACGUGCAACAGAAGACCCAGAGCCGUCAAGUAUCUGUGGCAAAAAUGAGGACGGGAAAGCUAGCCUUGUGCUGAAGCAGAAUUUUAUACAUUUUCCAGACAAGUUUCUGCAAUUGCAGCUGUGUCCUCUGGGCGAUUUACUGCAGUAUGUCACCCGUGUCUUUCCUGAAAUGUAUGUCAAGCCUGAAGAGUUAAAAGGAGUGUAUUGGAUUGCUGUGGGAAACUGUAAAAAUUCUGGGCCCAAGCCUGCCUGCUUGUUUUUAUUUUGUUCUACUAUCUAUGCCAUUGUUCCAUCAGCCGCUCAAUUAGAGCACAGUCGAGAAUCUCUGGAAAUUUUUCACAUUUUCCCUGUCACUGCGUUAAGAGAAAUCCAAAUUGGAUACGCUGGGCAGAGUGUCUGCCUUUUGAGUUCUAGUGAAGAUAAUGCAAUGACAAUAUUUACUUUUGACCAAUAUUUCACACAAAGAAUAUGCCAUGAAAUACUUAGCAUUGUGAUUCCGUUGUCAGAUUCUGCUUGCUUAAAUCACAAGCUCCUCAAAGGUGAUCUGUUGCAACUUUCCCUGGACUGGAAUUCAGAAGUCACUGACUUAGUUUUAGAAAGUGGUGUGCGUCUGAGUUGUAAUUUUGAGGCCCAUUUAGCUGAUCUAGCUUACUUGCUCCAUGAAAAUAUGGGACCCAACAAACCCUCUUUAGGAGAUAUUCAGAUACUGCUCUAUAUGACUGUGAAAGUAGAAGGUGAAUUCCGAUCACUAGUCCUUACUAAUACCCAUGUAGGCCUUGUACAAGAUGAUAGUAAGUUCUACCCAACUAGAUCUUUGUGUCGCUUACCUGAGCAUGUCAACAGAAUUCAGCUGCGUGGUUUGAGUGAACUUAGUUGUCUAUUUGUCCUUGAGAAAGAGAAUCCAACAGAAAUCGAGCUUGUCUUUUCUAAGGUCAGAUGUGAUUCAGACAGCAGUUUGUCUUGUGCUUUCCAAAAUACAAAACCGAGCUCUGUCCUAUCCUUCAACUGUGCCACCCCAAACACUCCACCCUGUGUCUGGAAACUGACUUUCAGUUCAGAUGAAGAUGCCUUUCAGUUAAUGGUGCAUUUGAUGGGUCAGUAA